CACCGAUCAAGCAGCAUUCCCUUCACCGUGUCAAUCAACCAUCGUCUUCUCUACAUUUCCCAUUCCAGGGAACAAAAAAAAUGAAUCAGCAACACCCAUUGCCCUCAGCUUCUUCAUCAAUGGCAGACUGGUCACAACUCCCAAAAGAUCUCCUCCAACUAAUUUCCUCAAAACUCGACAGCGAAUUCUACCAACUCCGUUUCCGAUCCGUUUGUUCAUCAUGGCGCUCUUCCGUUCCCAAAAACCAUCACCACCAUCUCACUUUACCUUCUCACCUCCCAACUCCUUCCGAUUCCAACAAUCUCCAUCAUUCCAAAUCCAUCACUUUCCCUCUUUCCAAACGAACCAUUUUCCUUAUCACACCCCCCACAAAUCAUCAUCAUCAUCAUCAACAAACCCUAAACAACAACCCUUGGUUAAUCAAAAUCGGUCCUGACUCACGUGACCGAACUCGUCUCUGGAAUCCUCUCUCACGUGACAAACAAUUAUCUAUUUAUCUCCCACAAGUCAUUAAUUUCAACGAACACCGUGUCAUUGAUCUGGGACGUGAAUUCGUAAUCGGUAAUUUCAACGAAUACAGCUCGUUAUAUAUGGAAAAGGUUAUUGUUCUUGACGCUGACAUGUGGGGAGGUAAAGAGCGUUGUUCGGUUCUUUUCACUAUUCAUAUUUCUGGGAAAAUUGCGUUUUUUCGAUGUGGUGAUGAGCGGUGGACGAUUGUACCUGAAAUGCCGUCACCUUUUGAUGAUGUUUGUGUAUUUAAAGGGAGGCCGGUUGCGGUUGAUGGUACCGGUAGGACUGUUGCGUUGAGACCGGAUUUAAGUUUGGAUUUGGUGGCUGAGCCUGUGUUUGGGGGAGAUAAGAAAUUUUUAGUGGAGAGUGAUGGUGAGUUAUUGUUAGUUGAUAAAUAUUUGUCUUGUUUUCGUGAUGGUAAUUUUGUGGAUCAUACCGAUGUUCCAUAUGGUGAUGUUAACGUUGUUAAUUUUGAUGUUGAUGUUGAUGUUGAUGAUGAUGAUGAUGAUGGUGAGAUUUUUAGGAUUGGAUCGGAGAGAGCUGUGAGAUUUGAUGUGUUUAGGCUUGAUGAGAAGGAGAAGAAGUGGGUGGAGGUGAGAAAUUUGGGGGAUAUGGUUUUGUUUUUGGGGGAAGAAUGUGCUUUUUCUGCUUCGGCUUCGGAUUUGUGUAUUGGCAAUGGGAACUGUGUGAUAUUUAGGGAUUAUGUUUUGAACGAUUUUCAUUCCACCGAGGUUGGCAACCGUGUUUUUCACUUGGAUCAACGUCGAAUUUCACCAUUGUCUGAUUUCCCAAUUUAUUCUAAGUUGUUUUGGCCACCUCCAGAAUGGGUCGGGUUGCAUUGACAACAACAUAAAUGGAUGGAAAGGUUGUGAAGGAGCCCUUUGGUGCAACUUUUGGCAAUGUUGCAGAUGAUUGUGCCCAUAGACAGUGGGGAAUGUUUCUGUUUAUUUUAUUAUUGUAUAGUUUUAAUGUAUAGGGGACAUAAAUUGGAACAAGCUUUCUUGUUAUUAAUGGAUAUCGACAAUCCCAUCAUGGCUUUGUUAGUACAA